UAACAUGCGGAACUCAUCACUUUUAAAAAACCUUCUUAAAAUGCUUUAUUUUAGAAACCAACUUGGCCUGACGAGAACAAUGAAACCUCUGUCUGUUCUUCUCUAUGUACUUCUAAUUGAUAAAAGCUUUCAAGUCAGAAUCGGUCAGUCACGGAGAGCAGUUUCCGAAUCAUGCAGGUAUAACUGUGGAUAUGGACUUCGCACUUGUUCAUGUGAGAACUCCUGCCGGUACGAGAGAAACUGUUGCUAUGACUACAACAACUACUGUAACUACUACAGCUGGCCACGCGCAAUACCUACUGCUGCAACAACAGAUGUGAAUUACUCUUGCCAGCAUAAAUGUGGAAUAGACCUCGGCAAAUGUUCAUGUUACAGCUCAUGUCAGUACCAUGGCAACUGUUGCCCUGACUUUAAUUGGUAUUGCCCAGUGGCCUCAACAUUACAGCCAGCCAUGACAAAAGCAUCAAGUAGCCCAACCAGUGACUGGGAAUGGACAGCAUCGAGUAGUAACACGGGAAGUGGCUUGAAAUCGACAGAAGGAUACAAUGAAUGUGGUGGCACAUUGACAGAUUGGAUGGGUGAAUUUUCUAGCCCUCAGUACCCUAGUAACUAUCCUGAUAAUGCACGAUGCACAUGGACCAUUCACAGCACAGGACAAAGAACAGUGCUGUUGAACUUCACCUUUGUUGAUUUGGAAACAUGCUGUGAUUACAUCAAAGUAUUUGAUGGUCAUAUUUCACGUGGACGUUUACUAGGAAAACUGCCAGAGAACAGGAGACAAACUUUUAAAUCAACUCAGAAUGAAAUGACUGUGGUUUUCUACAGUGAUGGCAGUGUAGCAAGAAGAGGAUUUCAUGCAAACUGGAUCUUUGUAGAUUCCAAUUCAUGCAGGUAUAACUGUGGAUAUCGACUUAGCACUUGUUCAUGUGAGAAUUCCUGCCGGUACAAGAGAAACUGUUGCCAUGACUACAACGACUACUGUUAUGACUACUACAGCUGGCCAGGCGCAACACCUGCUGCAACAACAGAUGUGAAUUACUCUUGCCAGUAUAACUGUGGAGUGGACCUCGGCAACUGUUCAUGUUACAGCUCAUGUCAGUACCAUGGCAACUGUUGCCCUGACUUUAAGUGGUAUUGCCCAGUGGCCUCAACAUUACAGCCAGCCAUGAUAAAAGGAAAUCAGUGUGGAGGACAUUUGUAUGGUUCUGGACAGUUUUUCAGUCCUAAUUACCCAAACUCUUACUAUAACAAUGCCGACUGUGUGUGGUAUCUCUCUGCUCAGCCAGGACAGAGGAUCGUCCUGUCAUUUGCUAAUGUACAACUGGAGAAUUGUUGCACCUGUGACUACAUCUCUGUACAUGAUGGUUCUUCCACUGGUUAUCCAGAGCUGGGAAGGAUCUGCGUUAAUGACACCACUAAUGAGACGUUUCACUCAUCUUCCCAAUACAUGACUGUUGUCUUCAGGAGUGACUCCUCUGUUGUCAACCAUGGUUUUAAGGCCCUGUUCACAAGCUCUCUGACCGCGGAUAAAGGUCGUGUGGAUUGUUCCUCAGACAACAUGGUCAUUGUCAUUCAAUUGUCAUACCUGAACUUACUGGGAGUCAAUGGAAAUGACCUUUAUGUGGAUGACCAUCAGUGCAGACCCACCAUUACCAGUAAUGAGGUUGUGUUCCGCUUUCCUCUCGACACAUGCGGCAGUGGUAGAGAGAUAAGGAAUGGUUGUGUGACUUACACCAACAAUGUGCGUGCGUCUAAGUCUCAGUCAGAUGAGAUCACUCGUCAGUCACAGUUUCUGCUACGUGUGAGCUGCAGAAUGGAGCCAGAGACUAUGGUGCAGAUACUAUACAAGACCAGAAAAAAUGUCAAUGCCAGUAUCAUGGGAACGGGUCACUUCAAUGCCAGCAUGGCCUUCUACAGCUCCAGCAGUUUCAACCAAAAAAUUUAUGACUCACCGUAUGAGGUGAACCUUAACCAGAACUUGUAUGUUCAGGUACAGCUAAAUAGAGCUGAUAGGAGUCUGAAUAUCUUCCUGGACACAUGUGUUGCCUCUCCAGAUCCAAAUGAAUUCCAAGCCCGCUCCUAUUACCUGCUGCGUAAUGGAUGCUCCAGAGACAGCACAUAUUAUUCCUACAUCAACGGUCAGCAGUAUUACGCUCGGUUCCACUUCAAGGCUUUUAAGUUCCUUCGGACUCACGCAUCUGUGUACCUGCAGUGUAAGGUGAUCAUUUGCCCAGAAAAUGAUUACAACUCUCGGUGUCGCCAGGGCUGCCGAUGGCGACGCAAGAGGUCGCUUGAAUCCAACCACCACACCAAUACUGUGAUACUGGGGCCAAUCAAACUCAGAGAUCAGAAGGUUGAAGGCCUGGUGUGAAGCGGGAUGGGAAAAGAACGCAAAUAAGUGAUCGUCUUCAGUUUCUGAGGCUCUUGAUUAUAAUAUUAAUCAAUCUUUAUUAACUAAUCAAAUAAAUCAAAAUCAAAAUCAAUAAAAAAAAAUUAAACAGC